CCAAGGAGGUUCAUCACGAUUUUUUCGAAUCUUUCCCACCCGGAGUUUGUUUACAACUCUUUCGACAGCAUUAGGCCAAAAUUUGACCGAUUCGGCAAGAUUCGCAAACCAAAUCGAGCAUGGCUUUUUGGCCGACCACUCUGGACAUCCCGAAGGAUGACUGCAGCCGAAUUCUUCGACGGAUGGAGCUGCAAACCUACGGAUCGUGCAUUUCUGUGCUCAGGGCGCAGGGCCCUCUGACCAAAGAGAAGCGUUUGGCCAUCGAGACACUGCGGAAAAUUUUCCAUAUUAAAACUGAGCGACAUAAAGCAGAGGUUCGACGGGCGGUCAACGAUGAACUGCUCAAUACGAUUGCGUUAAAGUUGUACGGGGCCAACACAGAGUUGGAUUGGGCCGUGGAGGGACGCCGACUGGUUCCUCUGGUCAAGAGGCUCGACCCGAUCACCGCCUACACCCCACUUGCCAACGAAGUGGCCGAAAUGACCCACAUCAUCAAUGCAUCUUUGCCACCUCCCAGGGACCCGUCUCGAUCUCCAACACCUGAAACGGACGAUGCAGAAGAAACGAUGGAAGAAUUGGAAAUGGCGCCCCCUCCGCCGCCGCUGCCUCCGCCUCCUCCUGUUGUUGCUCCUCCAGUUGUUGCGCCCGUCAAGGUUGUGCAGACUUUGCUUCCAACUCCAAUUGCUGCAGUCACCCAGCCACCAAUACAGCUUGCCACCAAAACAGAAAAGGCUGCUGGCAGGAAAAGGAGAGUUUCAUCUUUUGAGUCGACAACUCAAAAUAUUCCUCCUCCUUCAAAGAUACCUUAUAUACCCCCUUCCUCUACGGCAUCCCGUACUGUUUCAAUCUCAGCGGGACUUUCUUCUUCAGCCACCAGAAUGCCAAAUAUUCCCACAGCCAUACGUCCCAACACGGCCAUGUUAUCUCCAGCCCCGAAGGUACUUGUUGUUUCGAGCUCUGCAAGUUCAACAACGCCAAGUCUACUGCAAAGGUCUUUAAGCGUACCAAUGGUGAAGACAGUGAAGUCUGUCGGUGCUGGUUUAAUGAGCACAACUGUGUCCUCAGGUCCAAAUGCCUAUCAAGGAUCUUUGGGCACCCCCCUCCUCAGUGCGCCAAAAAUCAGGCCGAAAACUUUGGCACCAUCAACCAUGCUGCCCAAAGGUCGUGGUGGCUCCAUUGUAAUCCCGUUAGCUCCUAAUUUGCCUGGACCGUCGGGGGUGCAGCUGAGACCCCCCACUGUUGUUCAGACAAAGCCUACUCUUCAACCUGUACAGGUCAAGCAGGAUGCUAGCGGAGUUAAAGUAAUUUCAGGAAGCCAUAAAAUUACUCCAAAACCUCCUACAGUCACUGUCUCAAGUGGAAGCAGCAGAGUUGUGUCCAUUGCCUCCGCACCAAGGAUUAGUCCUGUUGUAACGUCUAACCCGCCAGUUAUAGUGUCAGCCACCAUGACCACCCACGCUGCUACGCCGACAUCUUCUGCGGGCAGCGCGCCAAAACCUUUGACUCUCAACUUCCCAUCAACCCCGAAUGUACAGCAGAAGCAAAAUGUAAUAUUGGUGAAAAAGGGAGGUUCCAGUGGCUUUUCCUCAAUGCCCAGCCAAGGAAAUAUUUCGCUAGGAGGUCCUGGAAGGGUUCUCAUUCAGGGCACUCCUAAUCCUCCUGGUAAUAAAUUGACAGUAGCUGGAGACACGGCCUCUUCGUUGGCGCAGGCAUUAAAUCUUCCCCAUGGCAGCAGACAGGGGAAUGUUUUUGUGCUCGACUUGAGCCAAGAACAGAUUAGCAAAAGCAGUACCUUAUCUGAUUUACUACACAAAAGUGGAAUCCUAACAAAAGCGUCAACCUCCAAAGAAGCAGCAGAAGAGCCACUUUUGACGAGGGAGGUACCAAACACAACAGCCUGUGAACCCAAGGCCCUUUUGAAAGAAGCAACUCCCAAGACAGUUCUCUCGCCCUCAUCGAAGCUCAAAACUAAAAUUCUUCGAGCAGUACCUACAAGAACAAAGUCUCAAGAACCUUCCGAGUAUUCAAUUAAACUUGUGUCUGGCCGAGCUUCCGUUGAAAGUUCAACUCCUCAAGUGGUGCAGGCAAAAGUUGUGAGAGAGAUUGCCUCAAAAGCCACUGAGCCUCGAACCAUCAAAUUUGAUGAUGUUGCCAAGGAAGUGGCGCCAAAAAAACUGCUGCCGAUGAAAGAGCUUCCUAAAAUCGAAGUGAAGCUGCACCCAGCAACGAGGAUGGUGCCUGAUCUGAAGCAGCUUGGCAUUUUGCCUGAUUCUGAAAAAAUCAUGGUCAACUUGAUAGACCAAGUAAUCGAAAGCUCGAUUUCUGUUGAAACCACUCCUUCGACAGCAGCAGGGAAUGCUCUCCAAAAAGCUUCUCCUCAUGAAGAUGCACUAAAUGAAUUCUUGACAUUCAAGAAAUCGGAAUCUGAGGAUGCAAGCAAAAAAGUACUUGCAAUGUUGCAAGAGGAUCCUGUAGCGAUAGAAAAUGCGGAUCUUGUAUCUGGAUUACCUGAGCUGGACUCAACUGUGGAGAUUGAAGCAAUUGUCCAAAGUGAACUAGAAGAGAAGAUUUAACUAGCGGUGCCAAACGCUCAAAUUUUAUACUAAUGCAAAAUGUUAAGAUUACUAAAAAUAACUCUCUGUAUUUUAAUUAAAAUGUUUUAAUUUAAAGUAAAGUUCAUCCUUGAAACGGAAUGGUGGGUUUUAACAAUAAAAAACAUUUGCCU